CCGCUGCUGGGCUUGGAAAUGCCCCUGCAGCAGGCGAAACGAAGACUGGAACUAGGAGAAAGUGGCCAGCAGUUUCUAACUGAAGGGUUAAGAACGCCAAAGGGGAAAGGGAGAGCAGCAACAAGAAGCCCAGAUAGUCCAAGAACUCCAAAAUCGCCUUCAGAAAAGACACGGUAUGAUACCUCCCUUGGUCUUCUCACAAAGAAGUUUAUUCAACUGCUUAGCCAGUCUCCAGAUGGUGUUGUAGACCUGAACAAAGCAGCAGAGGUCCUUAAAGUACAGAAAAGGAGGAUCUAUGAUAUCACCAAUGUUCUAGAAGGUAUCCACCUCAUUAAGAAGAAAUCCAAAAACAACAUUCAGUGGAUGGGCUGCAGUCUUUCUGAUGAUGGGAGCAUGCUGGCACACUGUCAAGGCUUGUCUAAAGAGGUAACGGAACUCAACCAAGAAGAGAAGAAAUUGGACGAGUUGAUACAAAGCUGUGCCCUUGACCUCAAGCUGCUAAGAGAAGAUUCCGAGAAUCGGAGAUUAGCUUACAUUAGGUAUGAAGAUAUUCGAGAAAUUAGUAGCCUUAAAGACCAAACCGUCAUACUUGUCAAAGCACCUCCAGAAACAAAACUUGAAGUGCCUAACCUGGUAGAGAAUAAACGGAUACACUUAUCUAGUACCCAAGGACCUAUUGAUGUUUACCUUUGUCCGGAAGAAACAGACUCUCCCAGUUCAGUGAAAACACACAAUCAGGACCAUAAUGGAAAUAUCUCAAGAAAUGUUUCCAAAGAAGUGACUUCUGAUAAUCCGGGAAGCAUCAACUGUUCAGUUCCUGCAACAGCCAUCUCCCCGCUGACCUCUCCAACCAACUUUCUGCAGCAGACGGAGGACCAAAUCCCUUCCAACUUUGAAGGGCCGUUUGUAAGCUUGCUGCCUCCCUUACUUCAUGACGACUAUUUGCUCAGUCUUGGUGAAGAGGAGGGCAUCUGUGACCUCUUUGAUGCUUAUGAUUUGGAAAAAUUUCCUGCGCUGGUAGAUGAAUUUUUAUACAGCUGAUUAUUCUUUGUUCCCCAUUAAAACAUUUUUUUUUAAAUGGAACCAGAACACCUGUUGUCAUUCCCUGUUGCUCCUUAUCCCCU